AUGCAGUAUCAACAAGCACAGAGAUAUCCUCAGCCACACUCAGCUCAAGGCUACGGCCCAGAGAUGAGCUUCAGAGAGAACUUUCGAUCUAUGCCAGCUAAAGCUCACAUCGAGAUCAUCCCUUGCAAAGUCUGCGGCGACCGCUCCUCCGGAAUCCACUACGGCAUCAUCACCUGCGAAGGCUGCAAAGGCUUCUUCCGCCGAUCGCAGCAGAACAACGCCCGAUACAACUGCCCUCGCACCGGAAAUUGCGUCGUCGACAGAACCAACCGCAACCGCUGCCAAGCCUGCCGACUGAAGAAGUGCCUCGCCCUUGGCAUGUCCCGAGACGCUGUCAAGUUCGGCCGAAUGAGCAAGAAGCAACGAGAUCAGCUGUACAUGGAAGUUGUCAAGCACCAAAACGCCGAGGCUCAGCAGACUCCAAUGCCAGACUACUCCAAUGUUCCACAGCUCCAGAUGCCUUACUCAGCUUCUCAAGGCUCUUACCCAGCUCACCAGGCACACGCUCACGCUCAAAUGGCUCAAGCUCACCAAAUGGCUCAACUUCAAGCUUACCAGCAAGCCCAGCAACUCGCCGCCGCCCAGGGCCGAUACUACCCAACUCCCACUCCUUCCUACCCGUCCCAGGCCGAGCUCGACGAACUCGUCAAGGACAUCACCGCCGCUUUCGCCUCCUCCACCGAAUUCGAUCGACGUGAGAUUUAUGCUCUUUGCCAGGGAUCUGUUUACACUGACAGCGAAAUUGAGCACUACCAGGAACUCGCAGAGGACGAGAUGUGGGGCCUUUGGGCAAAUACCCAAGUCGACACCCUCUUCCGCUGCUUGGAAUUCGCCCGCGGCAUCGGCGCCUUCAACUCGCUCGAGGAAGCCGACAAACUCAACCUCCUCCGAUCCGGCGCGCUGGAGAUGAUCCUCGUCCGGAUGAGCCGCGAGAUCAACCUCGGAAACAUGACUGCGAUUUGGAACAAGAAGUUCGCCCCUGCCGCCAUGUUCAACGCACUUGGCUGCGAAAAACUCAUCGCUUCAAUGUACGACGCUGCCGCAAAUCUCGCCCGCCUCGCACUUUCUGAUGACGAGUUGGCUCUCUUCUCCGCUGCGGUCCUCCUCUCAUCCAAUCGACGCGGACUCGUCGAAACCCACAAAAUCGCCGAAAAGCAAACCCUGAUCAUCGCAGCUCUUCGAUCGAAGCUCAUGCAGCGCGGACAGAAUCCCUUCCCCGUUGUUCAAAAGAUCUCCGAGAUUCUCCCCGAAAUGGCUCGAAUCAACCAACUUCAUGCCCAGCAACUCUCUUCCCUCAAACUCGAGCACCCAACUCUAGAACUUCCUUCAAUCUACACCGAGUUGUUUCUCCUCGAGCACGCCUCCGCCACCACCAUCGCCGAGCUCACCAAGGUCACUCCCUCCGCCACCCCAGAAGCCCCAGAAGACUUCACUCCUCACACCAUCUUCGCGGACUUGGGCGACCUCUCUGCUCAGCCCGGCAGCCACGUGACCUUCGAGAACCUCGCCCAUCUGGCAUCGGCAUAUGUCGGCGGACAGUUCGAGUUGGCCGAGAUAACUUCCACUGGGUCAGGCAAUAACGACUCGGACUACUCCAGCUGCAACUUGGCGAACUCGACUGGAAUCGCUUCUUCUGACUCUGAUUCCGGAACUCAAAGCCCCGAGCGAAAGUACUCCACCGAGGACGAGCUCAACAUCAAAACCGACUUCGACACCGACAGCACCAAGCUCUUCCACAGCUUAGAGACACUUUGCCAGUCGAUCAACCCGUACACUCAGCAAUAA